UGACAGAGGAUCCAGCUGCAGCAUGCAGAUUGAAAACACAGCACAACCUGGAUCAUCUUGAGGUGGGUGAGAAAAUGUAGCUGAAAACUGAACAACCAGCAAACCAGGAAUUUUUACAACCUCAGGUCAUCCCUGGGCGGGGCACUGCCUGUGGAGCUCCACCCAUCAUGGCCAAAAAGACACCCAGUGGGCGGGGAAAGGGGGAGCGACUGGAUGCAAUGGCAGCCCUGCAGGCCGCCAAUGAGGAGCUGAGGGCCAAACUCACCGACAUUCAAAUAGAACUGCAGCAGGAGAAGAACAAGGUAAGUAAGCUGGAGAGGGAGAAGAUGCAGGAGGUACGUCAUGAACAGCACAAGUCUGCAGCGGCGGUGAGUGAACUGCGGGCCAAGCUGCAUGAGGAGAAGGUACGCGAGCUGCACUCUGUUCGGGAGACACUGCUACGCCAGCAUGAGUCUGAACUGCUGCGAGUCAUCAAAAUCAAAGAUGGAGAGAUCCAGAGACUGCAGGCCCUCGUCAAUGCUCUCCGAGAUGGAUCUACUGACAAGGUAAAAUCUGCUCUGAUGGUAGAGGUACGGGAAGAGGCACGGAGGGGGUUCGAGGUGGAGCGUACACGUCUGUUGCAGGAAAUCUCCGAAAUGAAGGGGGUGAAGCGGCAGAUGGAGGAGGCGCUGAACGUAGCCCUUCAGGCUGACAAGAUCAAAGCGGCAGAGAUCCGUAGUGUUUACCACCUCCAUCAGGAGGAGAUCAGUCGCAUCAAGAAGGAAUGUGAGCGGGAGAUCCGCAGACUGAUGGAUGAGAUAAAGGUUAAAGAGCGCACUAUACUUGGUCUGGAGAGGGAAAUGGGGGUGCAGGCUGUCCACACUCAGAAGCUGCAGCAGCAGAAGCAGGUCGUAAGCGAUCAGUUGGCUCUGCUCAGAGACCUCAGCCCAAAAAGAGAGGGUCCUUACCCACCUGGUGCAGGAGACACAACAGACAACACAACUAACACUCAGUUGGAUGAGAAGGACGCUCGUCGUUUCCAGCUAAAAAUUGCUGAACUGAGCGCCAUCAUUCGCAGACUGGAGGACCGGAAUGCUCUGCUUUCAGAAGAACGCAAUGAGCUGCUAAAGAGGCUCCGUGAGGCAGAAAGCCAGUAUAAACCUCUUCUGGAUAAGAAUAGGCGCCUGAGUAGAAAGAAUGAAGAACUUGCUCAUGCUUUUAGACGCAUGGAGAACAAACUACGCUUUGUCACCCAGGAGAACAUUGAAAUGAGGGAAAAAGUUGGCACUUUGCGAAGGCCAAGCUCCCUGAAUGACCUGGAUCACAGCCAGGAGGAGAGGGAAAUGGAAUUUCUGCGCCUGCAGGUGCUCGAGCAGCAAAACAUUAUUGACGAUCUGUCCAAGGCACUUGAAACAGCUGGAUAUGUAAAGAAUGUAAUAGAGAGAGACAUGCUGCUCAGGUACAGAAGGCAUGACAGUUUACGGAGGAGGAGGAGCCUCAAAGCUUGUAAGCCGGUCAUUGAGACGUUCUUCGGCUAUGACGAAGAAGCCUCUAUAGACUCAGACGGCUCGUCCCUGUCCUACCAUACGGACCGAACACCCUGCACACCUGAUGAUGAUCUGGGUGAUGUGGAGGGAAUGCUUAAAGAAGAGACCGAGCUGAGAUUCAGACAGUUAACAAUGGAGUACCAGGCUCUGCAGCGUGCCUAUGCUCUGCUUCAGGAACAGGUCGGGGGCACGUUUGAUGCCGAGAAAGAAGUCAAGAUUCGUGAGCAGAUGCAGGCGGAGUUGAUUCGAUACAAGAGCAGAAUAAAUGACCUGGAGUGUGUGCUGAGUCAGCAGGGCAAGGAUUUAAAGUGGAUUGAGGACAAGCAGGCCCUGUACCAGCGGAACCAGGAACUCGUUGAGAAGCUGAAACAGAUGGAUACAGAGGAGAUACGCUUGAAAAAUGAAAUUCAGGAUGCAAAAGACCAAAUAGAACUCCUGGAAUUCCGUAUUCUUGAGCUUGAAGAGAGGGAAAGGAGAUCCCCAGGCAUGAACUUCAAGAACGUGCACUUUAUAGAGGGCAUGAGUCCCCUGCAGGUCUACUGUGAGGCUGAAGGAGUCACUGAUAUCAUCAUCACAGAUUUGAUGAAGAAACUAGACAUUCUGGGGGAUAACGCCAACCUGAGCAAUGAGGAGCAAGUGGCAAUCAUCCAUGCGAGGACAGUAUUAACAUUAGCAGAAAAGUGGCUGGAGCAAAUUGAAGUUACCAAAAAAGCUUUACAACAGAAAAUGUUGGACAUUGAGAGUGAAAAGGAGCUCUUCAGUAAACAAAAAGGCUAUUUAGAUGAAGAGCUGGACUACAGGAAACAGUCCAUGGAUCAGGCUAAUAAGCGAAUCCUGGAGCUGGAGGCCAUGCUGUUUGAUGCCUUGCAGCAGGAAGAGGCGGGAGCUAAAGUGUCCAAGCUGCUGUCGGAGGAGGACCGGGAUUCGUUAAGGAGAGCUGUCGAUCAGUGGAAGAGGCAGGUGCUGAGUGAGUUACGAGAAAAAGAUUCUCAGAUACUCAGAGAAAGGAUGGAGCUCCUACAACACGCUCAACAGAGAAUAAAAGAGCUGGAAGAAUGGAUUGAGGCACAGAAACGACAGAUAAAGGAAUUAGAAGAGAAGUUUUUAUUUUUAUUUUUGUUCUUUUCUUUAGCCUUUAUUCUUUGGUCAUAAUUCUUCCAGGAAUUCAGAGAGGGUUUCCAGGUUUCUGCCUUCUACAAGAGGAAUUGGACAGAUUUGUAACCAGGUCAGGUGAUCUGUAAAGCCAUUGACCCAUUACCGAUGA